CAGUUGUGACGAAUGGCCAGUGGAAAAGAAAAACUAAUUAGUCAUUGUAAAAAUUGAGUUUUCCAAUCUCCACAAAGAAGCGGUUUUCCAGCGUCCUCAAGGAUUCGUAUAUAAGGUGAUUGUGUACCUGUCGACAGUAUGACGGACAUCAAUCCAAGUAGCUUUAGAGAAGGACCAGAAGAAACUUUGCAGCUUCAACAUGAAGGCGUCUGUGUGUUUUGUGUUUGCAGUGGUUUGUUGGUUCGCAGCGCAAGCAGAGGAGUCGCCAAAGAUCCUCACGCUCAGUAAAGUUAUGAAUGAACUCAACAAGAUCAACCAGGGAAUGAUAAAGAACAAAAGGACAACUUUGAACUCACCCACCAUCAAUGAUUUAGAGGACUGCUGCGUUAAAUCUGCUCUGGACUGUUUUCGGGCCAAAGUGUUUUACCUGUCAGUCACUGAUGCCAAACUAAAGCGCUCACAGAAGAUCAUCUCACAUGAGCUUCGCAAAUCAGUCAUUCUGGACAGUGUGUCCAAUUGCAAGCCUGAAGAGAUACAGAAAGCUCAGUGCAAAUCAUGUGACUCGUACAAGAAGGUUGACAGCCAAACAUUUGUGCAGAAUUUUCAAACUCUUCUGCAGAAGAUCUAUGCCAGUGAAGCGUAGAGAUGAAAGAGUGAAGAGACUGUGUAUAUGACACUACCUGACCAACCC